UGUGAUAGUAAUGCGCGAUGCACAACAGAGUGGUCGAGACUUUAUGGAAUUGAAAUGAUAGUCGUGUUGUUUUAGGAAACAGAGGUACCUUGUAUGUGUUAAACUAUUGGAAUAUUAUUUGUUACGAAGAUAAUUUCAACUCGCUAGUGCUUUAGCAUGACUAACUAGCUUUAUGUUGGUGCCUAGCUAAACGACGCAGAGCAACGUUGUUAUCGAGCUAACUUACAGCCAUUAAAGUGUAUUUAAUGGACCUUUAGCACUUACAAAUCCGAGUUGACGCAUACGACGUGCCCUCUUGAUGGAACAAAGCACGUCUCCACCGCCAUACCAAUAGCACGUUUUCUCUAUUAAUGCUAAAACGUUUCAGACAUAGCCAACGGCCCUCAGUGGCUUCUCUAUUUUCUCACUUGUAGAAUAAUGUGACUGCAGUCCUGUACAUACAGAAUGGACAGAGACUUGUUGAGGCAGUGUCUGACCUAUCAUGGAGAAUCGUUUUUCAACAAACUGAAAUGUGAACAAACAGAAAACCCAGACUUCCAAGCUGUGGUGUCUGACCUGUGCAAAGUCUCGUGUGAAAGCAAGAGUGAUGGGCAGGACAGCCCCCUUGUGGAGCAGUUCAUUGCCCGGAAGGCUGACAUCCUGUUCUGUCCAUCGUGGAAGACCACCACUCCUCAAGAAGAGGAACAUGAGGAGGCGGACGACGCUGCAGAGCCAUAUGCCAUCAUGCCACCAAUGGAGUUAUUCAUGGAAGUGUCGUAUGAAGAAAGAAGAACCAUGUUGUACAGGGACUUGGAAAGAGGAGACAUUGUGGUGGGAAGGAUCAACAACAUUCGAGACUAUGGCUUCUUUCUCACUCUGCUCUGCACAGCAGGAGGACUGAAGAGAGAUAUAGAGGACCUAGAGUUGUCGGCUCUUUGUCACAUCAAAGAAAUUCCCUCUACUGGCAGCCAUGAUGAUCCUCUGUCCUACUUCCAGAUCGGGGACUUCAUCAGAGCUGCAGUGAAAGAUAUUGACCGCUACCAGGAGAAAAUCACAGUCUCUGUCAUCCAGGCCUCUCUUUUGCCCAACUUUGUGCACGUCAAACUGGGUGUCGUUCCUCGGGAGGAGCUGCCCAUACACUACAGUCGUAGCCUUUCUGCAGCCGCUGACUCCAGGAAGACGUACGAGUGUAUACUGAAGAGUUGCCAUGGCUACCACAAUCCCAAUGUAGUGGCCUACCUGCUGGAAAAGGUGGGCGUUAGUGACACCCAACCACCAUCAAUGAUGAGAGGACUCCAAAGUAAACUUUUUCGAGCGGAAGAUUUUGCCUCUGCCCUCAGGAAGGAACAGUCCGCAUCAUGGGCUUUGAAGUGUGUGCGUGCCGGUGUGGGCCACUUCAAACAUGGUCGCCAUGUGGAAGCCAUGAACGAAUACAACAAAGCCUUGGACAUGGACACUGAUAAUGUAGAAGCACUGGUGGCUCGUGGAGCUCUGUAUGCUAACAAAGGCAGCAUCAUGAAGGCGAUAACCGACUUUGAACUGGCCCUGAAGAGCUGUCCAGAUCACCGCAACGCCAAGAAGUACCUCUGCCAGACGCUGGUGGAGAGAGGGAAACAGCUUGAGGAGCAUGAGAAACUCGUAACAGCAGAGGGACUGUACAGGAGAGCUCUGUCUCUGGAUGACUCUAACCCUGAGGCGCAGGAGGCCCUGCACAAGAUCACAGACACCAUACAGAAAUCGAUCCGCCUGCGAGAAGAAGCGGUGGCUAAGGAGCAGGAGAAAGCUACGACCAGCCAGAUCAGUGCUGAGAAAUUGCGUAAGAUCUUAAAAGAGGAGAAGAGGAUGAAGAAAAAACGGAAGAGAUCGACCUCUUCGUCAUCCGACACUUCCUCCAGGAACUCCUCCAUGUCGUCUUCCUCCUCUCGCAGGAGGUCCAAAAAGAAGAAAAAGAAGAGGAGGUCAGAGCGGGGAAGUAAGCGACAUCGCAGGAGUGAGGAGGGUAAGAGCGAGAAAGACCGGAAGGCGAAAGAGGAGGAUGAGGUGGAGUGGUAUCCCGCUCCGCCCAACACCUCCGCCAGCUUUCUCACCCAGAAAGGAGGCCCGUAUUUUGGAGAGAGUGAUGAGGCCGAGGUCAUGGUGAGGGAUGCUGACGAUAGACGCAUCUCUCAACUGUACUCUUUGUCUGCAGCUUCAGAGGAUGAAGAGUCUGACUCCUCACGCAGACAAAGGAAGGGUAGGGACAGAGAGGAGAGCAGGAACAAGGGCAGAAACCCAGAAAGAGAGGAGGUGAGGAGCACGAGUAGGGACAACGGGAAAGACAGGAGAAACAGCGACUCCAAGAGGAGAAGUAGCUCGGGCGAGAACAGAAAGCGGAAGGUAUCCUGCUCCUCCGCGGAGUCCGGGUAUUCCCGGACAUCCACUUUCAAAUCUGAAUAUUUCGGAGACUCGGGUUCUGCAUCCAAACAAGUAGAGAGACAUGACUCUUCUAAGAGGAACUCCUUCGAUGGCGGAAGCUAUGAGUGCGGAGGGUGGGAAGAAAUGCAAGAGGUAGAAGAGGCCAGGAGAGCGCUAGACAACAGAAAGGGCAAAGCAGUGGAGGACAGCAGCCGGUCCGACGCAGGAGGCAGUAAAAGAGCUGACGGUGCUGUAAAUCACAACAAACAGAGCAGUUUGACCUCAGUGCCAGAAGGAAGGGCGAACAAAGACCUCCCAUCGAACCUGCUGGACAUUUUCAAUCAGAUUGCCCAGUUUAAGAAGGAGAAAGGAGUCGGCCCAAAAUAAUAACCCGAAAGUCCAAAAGGUGCCUGAAUAUUUGUAAAAUGUGACUGUGAAAUCUGGAUGUUUGUCCCAUGAAAGCAUUAAUGAUGGACUGUCUCAAGCUGAUUGAAUGUUCCCAGUUGUUGUACCUUUUUAUUGUUGGGGGGGGAAAAAAACGUGAUUUUACUUUGAAAUGUCUUAGUCCUUGUCGUAGAUCUAAGGCCUGUGAGCAACUGUUGCGUUCAGUGUGUGGAAAUGUUCAUCAACAAUUGGUGGAAGUUAUAAUUUGGGUAAAUACUUUCACAACUUUUGUGAUCACAUUUUAUGAUUUUACCUGGUGAUUAUUAGUUUAUUUCAAGAGAAGAGCAGAUCAGUGACAGCCGAUAUUAUAAAGUCUGCCUUCAUCUCCCCAUUCCGAGGGUUUUCACGUUGUUCAGCACGUCUGACCGUCAGUUGCUUCAGGCUUUAAUAUCUGUUUAGUGUUCAUCUUAAAUUGAGACUUUGAUCUGUUGAAGAAGAUACUGCCUUAUGUUUACUGCCUUGUGCCAUUGUGUGCGCUCUCUCUCUGGCUCGUUAAAUCCUAAACAGCCUGACCUGCAGUUCUUUGACUCGAGCUUCGCACAAUGCAGAUGUUCCAGUUGUAUCCCGACACAUUCAUUUUUUUUUUGUAGUAGAAAAAUCUGUUGAAUCAAUAAAGCAUUUGAAAUGUCAAAACUA